CGGAAGUGCGUGGCCGCCCGGGGCCAUGGCGGCGCUCGGCGUCGUCUGCUUGCUUCUUGGGGCAGUGUCUUGGCAGUCGGCAUGGGGCUCGGGCGAGGAGUUCUGGCCCGGCCAGUCGGCGGCCGACAUCCUGUCCGGGGCAGCGUCCCGCAGAAGGUACCUCCUGUACGAUGUCAACCCCCCUGAGGGUUUCAACCUCCGCCGGGAUGUCUACAUCCGCAUCGCCUCCCUCCUGAAGACCCUGCUGAAGACUGAGGAGUGGGUGCUGGUGCUGCCCCCGUGGGGCCGUCUCUACCACUGGCAGAGCCCUGACAUCCACCAGGUCCGGAUUCCCUGGUCCGACUUUUUUGAUCUUCCAAGUCUCAAUAGAAACAUCCCUGUCAUUGAGUAUGAGCAGUUCAUCGCAGAGUCCGGAGGGCCCUUCAUCGACCAGGUGUACGUCCUGCAGAGCUACGCGGAAGGCUGGAAGGAGGGGACCUGGGAAGAGAAGGUCGACGACCGGCCCUGCCUCGACCCGCUACUGUAUUCGCAGGACAAGCACGAGUACUACAGAGGAUGGUUUUGGGGUUACGAAGAAACAAGGGGUCUAAACGUGUCCUGUCUGUCUGUUCAAGGAUCGGCGUCUGUCAUCGCGCCUGUGCUCUUGAGAAACACGUCAGCACGGUCCGUGAUGCUAGACCGAGCCGAGAACCUGCUGCACGACCACUACGGCGGGAAGGAGUACUGGGACACACGGCGGAGCAUGGUGUUCGCCAGGCACCUGCGGGCAGUGGGCGAUGAGUUCAGGAGCAAAUACCUGAACUCCACGGACGAGGCCGACAGGAUCCCCUAUGAGGAGGACUGGACCAAGAUGAAGGUCCGGCUGGGCUCCUCGCUGGGGGGCCCGUACCUCGGCGUCCACCUGAGAAGGAAGGACUUCAUCUGGGGCCACAGGGAGGACGUGCCCAGUCUGGGCGGCGCCGUGCGGAGGAUCCGCAGCCUCAUGGAGAGCCACGGGCUGCGCAGGGUGUUCGUGGCCACAGACGCCGUCAGGACGGAGUACGAGGAGCUGAAGAAGCUGUUGCCGGAGAUGGUGAGGUUCGAGCCCACGUGGGAGGAGCUGGAGCUCUACAAGGACGGGGGCGUGGCCAUCAUCGACCAGUGGAUCUGCUCGCACGCCAGGUUCUUCAUCGGCACCUCCGUCUCCACGUUCUCCUUCCGGAUUCACGAGGAAAGGGAGAUCCUGGGCCUGGACCCCAAGACCACGUACAACCGCUUCUGCGGGGACCAGGAGAAGGUGUGCGAGCAGCCCACGCACUGGAAGAUCGCGUACUGAGCCGGCGCCCUGGGGGCCCCAUGCCCUGCCCCCGUUUCACACGCAGUGGGCUCGCCGGCUCCCCCCGAGGACACAAGUCACCACAGGGUCGCUCCUGCCCCUGGCCAGCGGCCAGACAGACAGACCGUCACGGCUCAGGGUCUCGGGCCCAGAGGCCACACACGUGGGCACAGUGCACCGCCUCACGGGCCACAGUGUGCAUCACGCUGCCCCUGGAGCUGCCGCUCCCUGGGGACCCCGGUGUGUGUUCUGUCAGGGUCUGAAACCCCCGUCUCAGCCGCCAGCAGGGCCGUCCCCCGCUUCGGGAGGGCUGUUCCAGUGAGUCGAGGGCAGGCGUGGCGUGGGAGCGGCGCCCCUCCAGGGGGCUGCGCCCCUCCAGGGGGCUGCAGAGCCAGGAGGGUCUGUGGGUCAGUCAUCCUAACUCCUGAGAGCAGAGCCCUUUGCUUUGCCCUUUCACUCCAAGUGUGACCUCGUGUGAGCUGGAGGUAGGCGACCCGCCACCUGGCAGAGCCAGGUUGGGGGUGGGGGGCCUGGGAAGUGAUCCCUCUCCUCUCUGGGUCAGAGUGCUGGAAAGUUCCACAGCAGGUCUACAGUGAUUUGGCCUGUUCCUGUGGAAACUGGUCCAUCUUCACACCAUUGUCCAGGUGGCUGCCUGUGCGUUGGUGACGGCCACUGCAACCUGCAUGGACAGCGGGCAGCACUUGUCUGAGGAGCCCCCGGCACCGCCCCCCUCGCUGGCAGGGGUGCGACUGGGAGGGGCUGGCAGGCGAGCUGCUGUCCUCGGGCUCCGCCCUCCCCGAGAGCUGUUCUCAAGGCCUCAGGCUGCUGCCCCUGGUGGGGACACCACCAGGCACAUGGGUCGGCCCCACCCUGUCCCUUCGAACUGGGAACCCUGACUAAAGGGACACCUGGGCGAAUGGCCGUGGGCGGCAAGCACGUGCCAUCCCAGUGGCGGGCACGUGGGGCCCUUCUGCUGCGCCCGGCGGCCAGGAUGCGGCGGGGUCGGGGCCCGUGGCCUCGGGUGCUCCAUCUCCUUCCCAGGCCUCUGACGUCUGCCCCGAGCACUCGCAGGGGCCUGGAGCUGUCACAGCUGUGCCAGGCGAAAUGAUGAAAUAUUUAUUCUAUUUCCAUUUGUACAUUCAAAUAUUAAUAAAGUAAAUUUUCUA